UCCCGGGAUUUUUGUGACUUGGGCCUGUCUGAGGUAAUCAGUUAGCAUUUCUAGCUAGCGAUGUAAACGAUUUAUUUUGUUUUAAAUGUGUGUGUUGUUUUGUUCUACUUGUUCCACAUUAUAUAAGAUAGAGCCAAUUCAGUGUUUAAAACGUCUUCACUAACUAGUUAGCUUGCUUUCUUUAUUUCACGGCUUGCCUGAAGUUUGGAAACUCACUAGCGUUGGUCGUGCACACAGCUAACACAGCUAGCACAGCAAGGCGGCUUGGUUAGUACAUUUAUGACACAUUUAUAUACAUUAUAGCACUGAAAUUCUUAGGACGAGGCUCAGGUGAAUUGCUUACAACCAGUGUAAGUUUCCUGCUUUGUAAACAGACAGACAGACAGACAGACAGAGAGAGAGAGAGAGAGAGACAUCUGCAUUCAGAGAGAGGACAGAGGAGUGAUGCCACCUGUUUCAGAAGAAGACCCUGAGUUGGGGCAGGAGGGGAAACUGAAGCGGGCAGAUUGCUUGUGUCCUGUCUGCCUGGAGAUCUUCCUGGAGCCGGUCACGCUGCCGUGCACGCACACGUUCUGUAAACCCUGCUUCCUGGAGACGGUGGACAAAUCCAAUAUAUGCUGUCCUCUCUGCCGAAAGCGUGUCUCUACCUGGGCUAGACUUAACGGCAGGAACAAGACAUUAGUGAACACAGAGCUGUGGAGGCGCAUACAGGACGCUUUCCCCACACAGUGUCAGCGUCGAUUAAAUGGAGUCGAUGACGAGGAGGAUGUGAACAUGUUUAUACCAAAACCCAAGGUCAGUCAGCCAGGUGAGCUCAGGCGAGAGUAUGAAGAGGAGAUUAACAAGUUUGUAGAAGAGAAGCGAGCUCUGGAGGAGGCAGAGAGGAGGGCCAGUGAGGAGUACAUCCAGCGCCUCCUGGCUGAGGAAGAGGAGCGAGUGGAAGAGGAGAGGAGGAGGCAGGAAGAGAGACAGCUGGAGGAUGACGAGAGACUGGCGAGAUUGCUCAGUGAAGAAUUGAACUCGAGUCCAGUUUUGGAAACUCAGAGGAACAGUAAAGUUAACGAUGCUGCCAAGAAAAAGAAAUCAAUUGUGGGACACAUUGAGAAAUAUCUGUGCCAAGUGCCUUACUCACAGCCACACUGCGAGACCAAACAGUCCUCCACUCUUUUGGACAAUAAGGAAAACAUUCUGAACACUCCAACCUCUACAGAUCCCUCUGGCAUUGAACUGCAUUUCUUGGACUCCAUUAGUAAACCCUCUACAUCAAGCUCAGACCCAGACACUUGUAAACAACUUUUUGACACUUCAAACAGAACCACUGUCUAUUCUAAGAGGAAGAGUGUAGAUAGUGACCAGCCUGAACCUGUCACCUGUAAGAGGCCCUGUGACUCCCCACCCCCUGCAUCGCCUCCUCGUGGUAGUGUUUUCCUGCAGGAGCUGGCUGAGCAGGAGGAGGUUUUGAGAAGCCGGAUGCUGCAGGAGGAGGAGGACAGAAGGCUGGCGCUGCGCCUGCAGAGGGAACUGAACCGAGAGAGUGCUGUGGACCGCAGAAAAGGCUCUGCUGAUGAGUAUUUACUGAGAGAGAAAAGCAGCCCUACAUCCAGCAGCAGUACAAGCCCAGGUGAGGAGAACAAGACGGGACAUAAGGCUGGGAAGAGAGCCAGCAGCCAGAUCGAGGGGAAAACUUUUAGGAAAAGCUCUCUUUCCACACAAGUGUCUCCUUCUUCAGCCUCGUCAGUGCAGAAGAGCAGAAAGCAGACCACUCUUACUCAAAUGUUCCCCAGCCUGGGCAGCUGAGCCAGCUCUCUGAACAUCUCAGUCAAUCCUUAAUUGCCCUUUCCUUCCAUAUGAUCACAUUUAGCAUACCUCUUUACAUAUUUCGCCUAUUUUGCUCAGUGACUUUGCUGAUUUUGGAAGAACAGAGUGAGGGUCAAAGAAGAGUGUAAUACACAAAGAUUGUUUUUGUGAAACUUUAACCUUCAGUUAUGAAAGUUGACAUGUUAAGUGCUCAAACUGUUAAUUGCUGCAAAAAAAAAGAUAAUUUUUAUGCAUGUUUCUAUUUUUGUGUAGAUAAUCUGAGUUCAUUUUUAAGGAAUAAAAUAGUUGUGAAAAUC